UACCGUAUACCGUACGUAACCCGUAGACUAUUUAUCACUAGCGCUAUACUAUAGCGCAGUGCAGCUGCAGCCGAAUCUUCGAUUUUUAGUUGCUUGGACAGUUACCCAACCUCUUCUUCGACGUUUUAUCGACUCAGUCUCAGUGCAGAAUCACAUAGGUUAAGGUUAGACUCUUUUUGGAGUACGGUACAUGCAGAAAUUGAUCCAGAAACGACUCGAGUCAAGUCAGAUCGGCGUACCCUACGGCAGGGUAUACGGACCACGGCACCGCACCGCGCACCUGCACCUGUCCUGGCCUUUGAUCGAGGCUUCUUCGUCCUCUUUGAGUCUUCUGUUCCGGUACGGCAGCCAUCACAAAAUAUCAUCGGGACUCGGGUCGCUUCGUGGCAGUCGUGGUUUCAAAAUUCAAGCAAUUGCAGUUUUCUAUGCAUUCACAAUCACAGGACGGAUCCUGAACAAGGUGAAAGAAGCAGUGCUAGCAAGAAAUCCAGUGCUUUUUGAUCUGCAUCUUUCAAGAUGGCUGCUCCAACUCGAAAGAAGAAGGGUUUCCACAUUGAUGAGGCUGAACUUCUCUGCAAGAAAGGCUGUGGGUUCUAUGGCACUGUCGCUUGGCAGGGAUACUGCUCCAAAUGCUGGAGGGAGGAAUGCCAACGCAGUCGUCAAGCUCAGAUAGAGAGUGAUGCAUUGUUUGCCAAGAGGCUGUACGAGAGUGAAAUGCAACGCUCUGGCCGUCCCUCCACUCUAGUGACCACCCCAGAUCAACAAACCUCUAAUGAACCCACCCAUAUGGCCCUCACGUUUCCCCCUCGAUCUUCUAAGCCAGAGCAGCCCCCAUCCCCUUCAGGCCAGCAAGGGGUGGUGUCCCCAGCAGGUGCCCCCACCCUAGGGGGUCAAAACGAGACUCUGACCUUUGAUAAGUUUGAGGAGAAAAGGAAGCAGAGACAGAAUAGCAAAACAAAGUCCAUGAAGACACUCUUCUCAAAGGGUGGCAAGACACCAAACAGAGAUGGCGCUGCUCCUGCUCCUCACGCACGACUUGAGAAACAGAUCAGCAUGGAGAGCCAGCGUGCCAUGGGCGACUUUAUGGAGUUCCUUAAAAUCCUCAACCGCCCUGCUGCUCAGGAUCUAAAUAAGCAGUGCAGGGCAUUUGUGGAGAGACUCCAGAGGGAGUCUAAUUUAUCAGUGGAAGAGCAGGCUGAGUUGGUCCAGGACUUCUAUCACAGCAUGGGCGAUAGAAUGAGCACCCACAGUGCCUUCAAAGGCAUGUCCAGCUUCUCCCAUUCGAAAAGAUAUUCCUCUGAUUUUCAAGAAGCUACUGGGAAUAAUCGGUCAUAUGACCAAGGUACGAGCCCAGAACAGUGUUCAACAAUGAUGGAUCACCUAGAGAAGGUCAUCAUGACACGCCUCUAUCGUGACCUCUUCUGUCCUCCUUUGACCGAUGAUGAACAGAAGGAUCUAGCCAUCCAGAAUCGUAUUCGUCGUCUUCGUUGGGUCAUGCCUUCCAUGCUAGAUGCUGCUAUCAAUGAAGAUAAUACCAAUGUUGAGAGGCUGAUAGAGAAGGCUCAAGAAGAGCUGAUUGACAUGAACAGCAAGAGAGCACCAAUUGACAAGCUGAGUUGCAUCGUUAGGACCAGCAAGCUCAUCUUCCAAAUGGUACACCAGUCCCAAGGUGCACCGGCCAGUGCUGAUGACUACCUACCAGUCCUGAUUUACAUGGUAUUGAAGGCCAAUCCUCCGCAGCUCCACUCCAACAUCCAGUAUGUCUCAAGGUUUGCUAACCCAAGCAGGCUGAUGCAAGGAGAAGCUGGGUACUACUUCACUAAUCUGUGCUGUGCAAUCUCCUUCAUUGAGAACCUUGAUGCCCAAUCACUCUCCCUGACCCAAGAGGAGUACGAUGACUACAUGUCCGGUCGUGCCGUGCCACCGGGUAGUGAGAGGAACACCGAACCUAUAUGUGAGGGACUACGUAUGAUGUAUGCUAACCUCUCAGCCCUGGAGGACUUGCGCAUUCGACAGGACUGCUUGAUGGAGAAUGCCCUUGACCUUCAAAGAGAGCUGACCGCCUGGAGGGAUGGUGUUGUGGACAGAGUCCAGGAGGUACUGACCACUAAACCUCUUGUGGUCAAGAGGUUUAAGGUUCCGAGGCUUGAUGAUGACAUCGCCCAGGAGGACAACAAGGAAUUGCCCUCACCUCUGCAGCCAGUAGUUGUACCAAUGAAACCAAUAACUUAAGAGUGUUGUAGAAAAUCUCAAGUUUGAUGCAUAUUAGGAAGGAAUAUGCGUGGAAAGUUAUGUAAUGCCUCUGUAUAUUGAAGCAAUAGUUUAUGGUGGCCGGAGUAUAAGGAUGCUGCAAAGUGUCCUGAACUAUAUGUGGGUGAUACAACCCAUUUCAGUAGGUAAUCCACAAAUGUGCAUAUUUAUAAUAGUGAUUGUAAAAGUGAGAUCUGCAUAAAGUUACCACCUCAAUCAUAGGCUUAGAAAAAGUUAUGGUUGGAUUUGUUGGAUGUUCAGUGGAUGACGUCAUUGUACAAUGGGCUGAAUAAUCAAUAUCAAACAACCAAUCAAAUGACAAGGAUCUAUCUAGGUGUCAUGUAGUGAGUUUUGAGGAUUAAGUGUCCUUGUAUCUUUAAUGGUUGUUCAUACCCAUUGCACCAACUGUGUAAGGACUCAUGUAGAAAGUCCAAACUUAUGUGCAUAUCUUAAGACAAUGUGCAAGAGCAGCAUAUGAGGAUUAGAUAUUACAGUGAAGAAAUGAGAAGGACAUUUGUACAAU